UUGGUAAAAGGUGAAAUUUUAUACCAUUUUGAAUUUGUGACAGAAGUUACAGAGAUUACUAAAAAUGUUAAAGCACACUACAGAAAAUUAAAAACAACAUUACUAUUCAAAAUGAUUCGGAUCGCUGCUGAUUUAACAUGGCAAAGACGCGAGAAGAAACACCGAUUCUGAGAUCGCGAAACCCAGAAAUUUGCGUGGUUGUCACAGAACCGAGGAACUGGAGUCCUCAUCGUUGAUGCCACGAGUAUACCUAUCCGAAGUCAGUCCUCAAAAUCUCGUGAUAGGAGUAUACAGCUUCUCCAAGAACUAACGCAAAAACGAUGUAUUUUAAUAUAUAUAUGUGGAGCAAUGAACAAGCGGAAAACCAAAGUCAUAAACGACAAAUGUAUAUUAAACUUAAUGUUUCAUGACCAAGUUGCAGAGCCCACCAUAAUUAGCUGUCCAUAUCUAAGGGUAUCCCAGACUUGGUUAUUUAUAAAUUAAUUAGAAAGAUGAUCGUAACUGGUGUCAUUAUGUGUUGACAUUUAUCCACUAACUCUCAUGUUUCUAUAUAUACAUUCCAACUCCUCUCCCUCAUUCCCUCACUUCUCACAAGACUUCCAACUAACGAUCUUCUUAAUUAAGAUUAAUCUCUUAAUUAAGACGCUUAGUUAACAAAACAAAUAAAAUGGAAGCCAUGGGAGAAUGGAGCACCAACCUCGGAGGAAUGUACACUUAUGCAACCGAGGAGGCCGAUUUCAUGAACCAGCUCCUUGCCUCUUAUGAUCAUCCUGGCACCGGCUCAUCCUCUGGUGCAACCGGUGGUGAUCACCACCAAGGCUUGUAUUGGAACCUUGGUUCUCAUCACAACCAUCUUAGCCUCGUGUCUGAAGCCGGUAGUUUCUGCUUCUCUCAAGAGAGCAGCAGCUACAGCGCUGGGAACAGCGGAUACUACACCGUUGUUCCACCCGCGGCUGAAGAAAACCAAAAUGGGACAAUGGACUUUGGGAUGGAAGAUGUGACCAUCAACACAAACUCCUACCUUGUUGGUGAGGAGACAAGUGAGUGUGACGUUGAGAAAUAUACCUCUGGAAAGACUCUUAUGCCUUUGGAAACCGUAGUGGAAAACCAAGAUGACGAGGAAAGCUUGUUGCAAUCUGAGAUCUCUGUGACUACUACUGAUCAUCAUCAAAAAUCUCUCACCGGCUCCAAAAAAAGAUCCCGUGCCACAUCUAAUGAUAAAAACAAGAGAGCAAGAGUGAAUAAGAGGAGCCAGAAGAACAUAGAAAUGAGUGGGGAUAAUAAUGGAGGGGAAGAGGAAGAAGGAGAGAAGUUGAAGAAAAGAAAGAAUGGGGCAAUGAUGAGUAGACAGAACUCAAGCACCACUUUUUGUACGGAGGAAGAAUCAAACUGCGCUGAUCAAGACGGUGGAGGAGAAGACUCAUCCUCCAAGGAAGAUGAUGCCUCAAAGGCCCUCAAUCUCAAUGGCAAAACCAGAGCCAGUCGUGGUGCAGCCACCGAUCCUCAAAGCCUCUAUGCAAGGAAAAGAAGAGAAAGGAUUAACGAGAGAUUAAGGAUUUUACAAAAUCUCGUCCCUAAUGGAACAAAGGUUGAUAUCAGUACGAUGCUUGAGGAAGCUGUUCAUUACGUCAAAUUUUUGCAGCUCCAAAUUAAGUUAUUGAGCUCUGAUGAUCUAUGGAUGUAUGCGCCAAUUGCUUUCAACGGGAUGGACAUUGGUCUCAGCUCACCGAGAUGAAGCACAAAACUUGUGAUUUUAGUUGGAAUUUUUCUCUUAUAUAUAACCAAAAAUGUAAAAUUCUUUUCUUUUUUAAUACAUUCUCCGCCUUCGGACGAGUUCGAUUAUAAUUUCUCGUACGAUGUUCUAUAUGAGAGAAAUGGAGAGUCACAUUCGUUUUUUU